CGUUAGCCCUACGUCUUUACCAUGUGCUAAAUUUUAUUCCUGUUGAAGGUGAGUCUAAUUGUAUUUUCUACAAUGUUUUCGUCCUAUUUCGCAUCAAUAACCGAGCACAGCUUUCUAUGCAUUUGCAAAGUAUUUAUUUCUAAAGAGAUUGUUAGGUUUUCUUACGGUUUGGGGCGAUUUUAUGCCAGCAAAAGAAUCAUUCAGUCGAAGGAUUUUGAUGCCAAUGUCCAUGCGCAUUCAGUUUCCUCUGCAAUUCAACGCGUUCAAUGUCCGUUUGGUCGUCGCUGGAUCAUGUGUAACCCUUUUCAAGGGUCAUAUUCCCUACGGGGUGCUAAAAAUCUCUUUCGAGAGAUUGAAAAUUGCCUUCGGGGAGCGAAUAAUCUCUUUCGGGAGAGCGAAAAUUUCUUUCGGGGAGAAAUUUAUAAUCGCCUUGUAAGAUUAUAUAAUAUGUUGUUUAUGUUAGAAUAAAGUUACAGUUCUCUUCAUAGAAAAUGUUUGUGGUAAAAGGUACCAGCUUAAUCUCUUUUCACCAGUGUUCUGUACCACAUUUUUUACAAAGUUUUCUUUUUUGUCCUUAUUCUAUUUCCACUCCUCCCUCUUCGUUUUCAUUUCAGUCUUAUUUUCUUUUCUUCAAUUCUUUUAUAUUACAUUUCUAUACCAGUACUGCAGUAGACACAUGCAGUCUUAGACUGCGUAUUUUUUUAUGAAAGACAUGUUUUUUUCAGCCAGAAACGUAGGCUGGAUUACCAGCUGCUGUUCGGGAAAUGAGCCCGCGCUUCUCCCCCGAACAGGUCCGAACAGAGGAGGACCGAGCUAAAAGAGAGCGGCGGUAAUCGAGCCUACCAGAAACGCAGCUUAGCUUAUUCAUAUCUAUAGAAGUGGAAUAUUGUUAAAAUAAAUAGAACUGCUUCUUACUGUAAGAGGCAAUAAUUAAGAAUUAUUCACCGAAAUGGAGGUGAAUAGUGGUAGACUUGUGUGUAAAACACCAACAUAAAGUAAAUUUCUUCACAUUAUAGAUAAUGUCGGCUUCGGCGCAAGCUAGGCGAGGGGACCCACUAACCAAGAAACUCCGCGAUUUUUCUGUGAAGUAUGUUAAGAUCACCAAUGAAGACAUGGCUCGCUCCAGAAGUCUGGUGCAGGAAGUCAUUGAAAAACAAAUCAUGAGCUACUGUGAACGUAACUCUUUGAUACCAAUCUUGAGACGAGAGUACACUGGUAGCGUGUAUGAGGGGCUGAAAACAGAGAAGGCAGAUGAAGUGGAUGUUAUGGUUGUGCUUAAAAUAACCAGGCAAGAAGUCACCGUUGAAGCUUGCAGAGGAAUACCAGGAUAUGCAAGACUAGAGGCCCAAGAAAGUUCGAUUCUUCGUAGGUAUUCAAGUGCUGAGGGGUACAUAAUUCCUGAAAGACUUCGAAAUGGCUGGUUUCAUAGUCUCGUUGUUCAAGCAGUGAAUGCGUUCCACCGUUCGUCAUGUUCAGACUUCCGUUUGGAGGUGCGUUACCAUGGGCCUGCCACCCAGAUUGACAUCACUAGAAAGACAACCAAUGAGAUGCUUCUAUCGGUUGAUCUCGUUCCUUGCUUCCACAUCGGGGCUGAAGAGUACUUCGUAGCCAAACCUUACACAGGGGUGACGCAUACCUCUCAGCCUGAACUCCUUUGGAGACAGUCGUUUUCUCUGAAAGAAAAGGGAAAGUUGCAGCAUAUGGAUACUGACGGUGGUUGCAGGCACGAACUUCUUAGAAUCGUGAAGACCAUCGUCAAGAGGGAGAGGACGUCUCUCGCAGCCCUUCAGUCAUAUCACUUGAAGAACGCCUUCAUGCGUUACAUGAGAGAUUCGUAUGGCUGGAAUGCUCAGAACUCCCUAGGCGAGAAGUUUCUUUCAUUUCUUAGGGAACUGCAGACUCACCUGGAGAGGAGAAAUCUUCCACACUUCUGGCUACCAGGCGUGGACCUUCUGGAAGGCAUCAAUCCCGCGGUAAUUGAACAAAUGGCAAAUCGAUUGAAGCGAAUUCUUAAUAGUCAAACAGAACUAGAAAAAAUUCUCGUAUAGCUGGAAUAACCGUCAGGUUCGAUUAAUUAAAUGAAAAUAAGAAUGUUUCUGCCAUUGCUGGUUGAGUCCAGUAGACCUCGCAGUAACCAAAAAAAAAAAAAACCGCCUAAAAAUAGUUUAGUCGUUUUUAAAGACCUAAAAAAUAUUGCUAAGAAUUUAAAAAAGAGAAAUAAAAAAAGGAAAAACAAACAUAUAAAAUACCAAGUCAAAAAAAAUAACAAAAAAAAAAAAAAUUAAAUAAAAAAAUAAAACAAAAAAAAUAAUAAUAAAGUAAUUUAUGUCUCAACAAAUUUUUACCGAAAAACAACUUCAGAGUUUGUUUUUGGACGAAUUAAAAAAUAUUGUAUCACAAGAAAAAAAAAAUCUUAGGAAAGAUUAUAAGGAAUUACAAAAAAAGAGAAGAUUGAUUGAAAAAUAUAGAAAAUUAACAGAGUUUAGAGAAAAAGUUAAACAAGGAAAAGUUAAUACAAAACCCAAAGUUGAUAAAAAACCCAAAGUUGAUAAAAAACCUCAUUCUGAAAGGAUAAAAUCAUUUGAAGAUUAUUUUGAGGAAUGUAUAAAAAAUAAAAAAAUUCCUAAAGAUACUCCUUCUUAUUUACGAAAAGCUCUUGAGAGAGCUAUAAAUGAGCAUGAACAAGGAAUUGAAAUUGAAAAAUCAGCUCUAAACGAAUUUGCUAAAAAAUAUAUUAUCAAGGGGAAACCAGAUAUUUUACCUUAUCAGUUCUUUAUAAAUAAAAAACAUAUUAUUAAAAAAUUUCUUAGAAAUCAUCGUAAUACUAAAGUAAGGUUUAUUUUAGUUUGUAUUAUGGAAAAAAAGGAAAGGGAAAAAGAUAGUAGUUUAACUUUUAAAGUUCAAGAUAAAGCAUAUUUUAAUUCUAGUACUUUUAAUAAUUUUAUAUCAACUGAUGUAAAAGAUAUAUUAAAAAAAAGUAUGAUACAAAUUGAUGAAAAAUUAACUAUUUAUCAAGCAAAUGGAAGUGGGUGGUAUUUUAAAGANACCUCGCAAUAACCAAAAAAAAAAAAAACCGCCUAAACAUAGUUUAGUCGUUGUUAUAGCCCUGAUAACUAUUGCUAAGUAUUUGUAAAAGGGAGCUAACAAUAGGAACAACAACCAUUUUAUUUGCCAUGUUAAGAAAGUUUACAAGAACAGAAUAAGUUAACUAGAUAGAUCAAGCAAAAACACUACUCAGAAUAGCAAAAACUAAACAAGCCGAGUAGUUAAUUAUGAUAAUCAUCUUCUUCUAGGGUUGUAACACACGAAAGAUAACGAGGGAAAAAAGGCAAGUAAAUUACAUUUAA